GCAGCUGCACCUUCUCCGGCGGGAGACGAGCACAGCACGGUGGGCCUGGCGGCAUGGCUGUGUCCUGGAGAAGCUGGCUGGCCAAUGAAGGGGUUAAACACCUCUGCCUGCUUAUCUGGCUCUCCCUGAACGUUUUGCUUUUCUGGAAAUCCUUCCUGCUGUAUAAUCAAGGGCCAGAGUAUCACUACCUCCACCAGAUGUUGGGGCUAGGAUUGUGUCUAAGCAGAGCCUCUGCAUCUGUUCUUAACCUCAACUGCAGCCUUAUCCUUUUACCCAUGUGCCGGACACUCCUGGCUUACCUUCGAGGAUCCCAGAAGGUUGCAAGCAGAAAAACUAGAAGAUUGUUGGAUAAAAGCAGAACAUUCCAUAUAACCUGUGGUGUUACCAUCUGUAUUUUCUCAGGGGUGCACGUGGCUGCCCACCUGGUGAAUGCCCUCAAUUUCUCAGUGAACUACAGAGAGGAUUUCAUUGAACUGAACGCAGCAGCAUACCGAGAUGAGGAUCCCAGAAUUCUUCUCUUCACAAGUGUUCCAGGCCUGACAGGAGUGUGUAUGGUACUGGUGCUCUUCCUGAUGGUCACAGCUUCCACGUAUGCAAUGCGAGUUUCUCAGUAUGACAUCUUCUGGUACACUCAUAAUCUCUUCUUUGUCUUCUACAUGCUGCUGAUGUUGCAUGUUUCAGGAGGAUUGCUGAAGUAUCAAACUAAUUUAGAUACCCAUCCUCCUGGCUGCAUCAAUCUUAAUAGAACCCGCAACCGGAGUAUUCACUUACCCGAAUAUCUCUCAGAACAUUUUCAUGAAUCUUUCCCUGGAGGAUUUUCAAAACCAGAUGAGGUUACCCGGAACACAUCUGUGAAGAUAUGUAUGGAAGAGCCCAGAUUCCAAGCUAAUUUUCCACAGACUUGGCUUUGGAUUUCUGGACCUUUGUGCCUGUAUUGUGCUGAAAGACUUUACAGGUGCAUCCGGAGUAAUAAGCCAGUCACCAUCACCUCGGUCAUAAGUCAUCCUUCGGAUGUCAUGGAAAUUCAAAUGGUUAAAGAAAAUUUUAAAGCCAGACCUGGCCAGUACAUUAUUCUACAUUGUCCCAGUGUGUCUGCAUUAGAAAACCAUCCAUUUACCCUCACAAUGUGUCCUACUGAAACCAAAGCAACAUUUGGGGUCCACCUUAAAAUAGUAGGAGACUGGACAGAACGAUUUCGAGAUUUACUGCUUCCUUCAUCUAGUCAAGACUCUGAGAUUCUGCCCUUUGUUGAGACUAGAAAAUAUCCCAAGCUGUAUGUUGAUGGUCCGUUUGGAAGUCCAUUUGAGGAAUCACUGAACUACGAAGUUAGCCUCUGUGUGGCCGGAGGCAUUGGAGUAACACCAUUUGCGUCAAUACUCAACACCCUGCUGGAUGACUGGAAACCAUAUAAGCUUAGAAGACUGUAUUUUAUCUGGGUGUGCAGAGACAUCCAAUCCUUCCGUUGGUUUGCCGACUUACUCUGUGUAUUGCAUAAUAAGUUUUGGCAAGAGAACAGACCAGACUAUGUCAACAUCCAGCUGUACCUCAGUCAAACAGAUGGGAUACAGAAAAUAAUUGGAGAAAAAUAUCAAGCACUGAAUUCAAGACUUUAUAUCGGACGUCCUCAGUGGAAGCUUGUGUUUGAUGAAAUAGCAAAAUUUAACAGAGGGAAAACGGUUGGUGUUUUUUGCUGUGGACCCAAAUCAAUUUCUAAGACUCUUCAUAAACUGAGUAACCAAAGCAACUCAUAUGGGACAAGAUUUGAAUACAAUAAAGAGUCUUUCAGCUGAGAAUUUUCGCCAUAAACCAGGACUCUAAAGAAGGAAUGUGUGCAAUUUCUAAGACUUUGAAGUUCAAACAGCCAUGUCAUUCCAAGGAGUAGCAAGACUUCCUUAUUUAUGAUUAUUUAAAGUAGAAAUGCAGAGAAGUGGCCAGAUGACAGGUCACAUUACAUGUUUAAUCUGGAAACCAAAGAGGCCCUUUGAUGUGAUUAUUCACUUUUCAGAGCUAGAAUUAAAACCAUUAGAUGUGCACUGUUGAUUUUUAUGGCAGAUUCAGGAACUCCCCAGUGAGGAGCUACACUUGCUCACUGUGAGGCUGAUAGCCUUGGUCCUCUUUAAAUUGUUUUUGGUUGAACAAAUGCAAGAUUGAACAAAAUUAAAAAUUCAUUGAAACCGAGAUUACAUUUUCUGCAUAAGUAUAAACAGAGUUGAUUUAGAAAAGCUCCAGGCAAAUAUAUUAGAUGUUUGAAGAUACUGCACAGGACUCUAUUGAUACGGGUACUUUGUGUCAAUAUCUAAUCUUGCUCACUACUGAUACUAAUACCUCUAUUUGAUGUCUGUAGACUUCAUGUUGAAUGAAUCUUUUACAGUUGUUGAUAUAGUAUCUAUUUUUAUAUAUUUCUCCCCCCCCCCCAGUCUAGGGAGGUCUUUUCUCCCUUGGCAUGCAUUAAGCACAAUGAUUUAAUCAGUCAUUUUCACCCUCAAUUUAUUUAAUCAAUUACUGUUGCAUAAUAAUGAAGAAUUAUUAUUACUAUAAAUUAUAAAGGGAUAUAUAGACUAAUAAGUUUUUUCCCUUUUCAGCAUUGUGAUCUCUAUUAUUUGUAUUUUCUUUUGUAUCCAGCAUAGUUUGUCUUAGUUUUUAGCUUCUUAAGGUACUUCGUUUAAUUUGCACUUUGUGACCAAAGCUCAGUGUCUGUCUGUGGUCACUCAGACAGACAGAAGAUGUUGGAGACAUUGAAAGUGUACUCACACAUCUAACAGAAAAUCUGUAUUUUACUUCCUACAAAAGAUGAAGUACUUCAUUAGUUAUUCAUUUCUAAGUCCAGAAUCAAGCAUAUUAUUGCUGCACUACUUUGUGUUUGGGUUCUCAAGAAAGAAUUGCUGAGUUUAAAGUCAUUGUUGGCAUUUCUCUAUGUUAACCUAAUGGUUCAUGUUCCCUGCCCAUUAUAGUCUUGGCUCACAGGAAAAAAUUAAUUCACUUCAUUACCUUAAGAAUUAUAAGGCAUUUUUUUUCAGCUUAGUGAUUUUGUUUUGUAGACGUCUACCAGUGGCUAUGAAAUACAGCAUAUUGCCAAAAUCAGCAGCAUGAUCGGUGUUACCUUGUUUAAAUUUGCAUGAUACCAUAUUAGAUGCUACUGUCAUCUUUUGCAGGGAUUUACCAAUAGCAAUCAAGCCUGUUAAAGCAUCCAGCAUUGAAUGCCCAUAAAUAUAUUACUUACAGAUAUUUCCUUCUUCCUUUGGAAUUCUUUCUUCUCCCUUCUGAGGAAGACUAAUCAGAAAAAAGACAUGGGAAAUGUGCAAUGUUCCUGAAGAUUUAGCUCUGAAAACAUAUUUAAUAAACAGCACAUCUUGGUAACACUUUCUAAAUUCAAAAUAGCUUUCAUAUAAACACAUAACAGGAAGGACUACUAAAAAGAAACUUAGUAAAGACAAUGUGCAAUACUGACUCUUUUGAUCAUAAUUUAUUUAAGUGAUUAUAUUAAUACAGCUAAUUUCAGUAAACCAAAUGGAAGAUUUUUCAGAAUAAGAGGAAUCUUUCCUAGUAUGUAGGUCUGCUAUUCUAGAUGAGCCACUUUACCUAUCUUAAAUUCCAGCUGAUGCUCAAACAUUGUAUUAACACAGGUAAUUUUUGCUUCUGUAGAUAGCUUCUGUAGUUUGCUUCAUCGUGCAUGUAUAUGAAAGCCUUGUUUUGUUUUGAGAGAUCCUUUCUCUCUAGCUAAUUCUUGUCACACAGAUCUUAAAACACUAAUUUUAGUGGCAAUAAAUGUUAGAAUUGAAAUGCUGUCCUUUAAAUCUUUGUAAGUUUACUUUCCCUUCACAGAAAAUAAAGCAGGCAGAGUUUCUUCACCAUAUAAUGCAAGUUGCAGAAACAUUUAUGUGAGUGUGUACUGGUGUGAACAGCCCUGAGCGUUCGUGUUCUGGGGUUGUCA